AUGCAUUCCAAGCUGAACCUCGCCAUCAUCUCUGCCGCCAUGCUCAUCGCUGUGCGUGCCGCCGCCACCGCUCCGCGCUCACCGCCUUCCAGCUUCGGCGGACAGUGCAAUACGGGUUCACUCCAGUGUUGCAACGCCGUCGGCAACGCGUCUGACCCGAGUAUUGUCAGCUUGGUGGGUGAUCUUCUAGAUGGCGUGUCAGGCCUCGUCGGUAUCGGCUGUAGCCCCGUCGUUGGCGGGGAUACUUGCACGAACACCCCCGUGUGCUGCGAAAACGACAUCUUCGCCGGCUUGAUCAACAUCGGCUGCGUGGCCGUCAACACCAAUCUCUAG